AUCCUGCGUCGUGAUUGGCCGAAGCCCUUGGCAAUCAUUUGACGUUGUACCGCCUUAUUUCUUGACAUGACGUUUUACAGGAACAUGGCGCUCUGGGGGAGAGGUGUAUCCUGAUAGUCAGGGCUGUUUAUCAAUUUUACUGUAGCCAUGUUCGUUUAAAUACCGUCAGAGUGCACACGCCAAAUAUGAACGGCCGCGAAAGGUGAACGCUCCCCUCAUCUCCAUGGACACCGGAACACCACAUUCCGCAGCUGGGUUUGCUGUCGUCAGCUGAAACUGUUAGCAUCGGCAUGCUAGCCGGAGCUAGUUAGCCGGGGGAAUAGCUUAGCCGCUAAGAAAUAUGCUAUUCUUAUGUAGCCUACAUAGACGUUAGGCUGGGUGUCAAUGAUUAAAACACAUUAUUCAGCGUCAAACCAACGACCCGCUUAAGACGACGAUUUCAAUUUGCGAAGAUUUCCGUGGCUCAGCCAGGAGGAUGGAGAGCCGCCAUGGAUCUGUUUUGUUGCUGGCCAGUGCGAUGUUUCUGUCGGCGCCGUGGCUGUCUGAAGGUGCCCCUCUUCAGCAUCACUUAAGAACAGGUGGAAGCACAGGGGACACUUUGUCUGUUUCUCUCUACCUGUCCCUGGUGGUGUCAUUGACGGUCCUUGUGGCCUUGGUGGUGUUGCUAGUGAACUGUGUGACCUGCUGCAAGGAGAGGGAGAUCAACUUCAAGGAGUUUGAAGACCACUUUGACGAUGAGAUCGACUUCACCCCGCCAGCAGAGGACACGCCCUCUAUGCAGUCCCCAGCCGAGGUGUACACCCUCGCUGUCUCCCCCGUGGCCCUGCCCGGACCCCCACACCUUGAACCUCCCGCCCGAAUCUCAGAGGGAUCCACAGGAGCCCAGGUAGCACGUCACAGCCUGAGUUACAUCCAGGAGAUCGGCAACGGGUGGUUUGGCCAGGUUCUUCUGAGUGAGAUCUACACAGACCCAGGUGGAGCCAGGGUGGUGGUGAAGGAGUUGAAAGCCAAUGCAAGUGCCAAGGAGCAGAACGACUUCCUGCAGCAGGGCGACCCGUACAGAGUGCUGCAGCACCCAAACAUCCUCCAGUGCCUCGGACAGUGCGUCGAGGCCAUUCCCUUCCUGCUUGUGUUUGAGUACUGUGAAAUGGGAGAUUUGCGGGGCUAUCUGUCUCAGCAGGAUUGGCCGUUCAGAAACGCUGAGUUGCUGCAGCUGCAGAGGAUGGCCUGUGAGAUCGCUGCCGGUGUCACUCACCUUCACAAACACAACUUCCUGCACAGUGAUUUGGCUCUGAGGAACUGCUACCUGACUGGGGAUCUUACAGUCAAAGUGGGAGACUAUGGAAUUGGACCCUACAGAUACAAAGAGGAUUACAUCAUCACAGAGGAUGAUGUGUUUGCACCCCUGCGCUGGUUGGCCCCUGAGCUGGUGGGUGAACGUCAUGGGGGUGUGAUUACUAUGGAGCAAACCAAGCCCAGCAAUGUGUGGGCCUUGGGGGUCACUUUGUGGGAACUCUUUGAAAAUGCUGCUCAGCCAUAUCCACAUCUUUCUGACCGCGAGGUUCUCAAUCACGUGAUCAAGGAGCAACAAGUCAAGCUUUUCAAGCCUCAACUGGAGCUUCCUUAUUCUGACAGAUGGUUUGAGGUCUUGCAGUUCUGUUGGCUGUCUCCUGACAAACGGGCCACAGCAGAGGAAGUGCACCGUUUGCUCAUUUAUCUGCGCAUGCAAGGCCAAAAGGACAUAGAGGAAGACUUUGAGCAACGCUGGGAUGCACUGAAGCCUAACCCAUCCACACGGCAGACCACUAUUAGCCACUCCUCUUUCCCAAUCUUGGAACAGUUUGCUGACGAUGCCCUGCGCCAAGAGAUAGAUGAAGUUCUUACCGUCACUGAAACAAGCAAAGGACUCAGCUUUGAGUACGUUUGGGAGGCAGCCAAGCACGACCACUAUGAUGGUAACCACGGACGUUCAGGCAUUGACACAACGUUGAACUACCACAGCAUGUUCUUUCCUGUUUCCAGGGAAGACAUCCAGGCCCACUUCCCUGAUCCUUUAACCAGAGCAGCAGGGGCAGAAGGUCGUAAUACUCCUUCAGGAAUUCCUGGGAUUGUACCAGUGUUUGAUGCUCAAAAGCCAUCUAAUGGGAAUGAGUAUUAUAUACAACUAGAAGAACAAGGGGAGAGCACAAUUGGAGAAGAUGGAAGUAGAGGACAGGACAUGGGCUUUGGUUCAAGCCGGCAAGACUUUGUUGUUCUCCAAGAUGUCCGUCUGGAUGAGUCCAGCACAGACGCUGACUUUUUCCACCAAAGUAUUGACUCAAAGGACUCGUAUUUACCAGACAGCCACAUCUGGUCAUCCCUUGAAAAUGACAGUCCAUACCACACCAACAUUUUCACUGACAAUGGGUCAAAGCAAGAGGACUCUCCUUCCUGGAGACAGGGUUUUAUGGAGCUUCCGGAGCGCAAUGGCAACCCUUUCCAUGAAAGUGCAUCUUUGGAGGUCCAAGGGGUCAACGCCAGUCAAAUCUACGGGGAUUCUUUUUUAGGUGAGGCCAGUCACUCGCCAGUUCCUGUAGAAGUGGAAGGACAGAAUGCAGAUGGGAACAGUCUUCUGAGUUCUGAGCAACUAGUUGAUAACUUUGUGUUCCUCAAAGACCAGCACCUGAUGAAUGAGGGGUCUAGUUUCUUAACUGCGCAGCAGAAUUUUCUUUCACCUGGUUUGGUCCAUGAGCCAGAAGACUCGUUCAAAAUGAAUUCUUGGGACAAGCUUGAUACCUUAGGCAGCUUAAACACUGCAGAUACUUAUUUAAAACCUGCAGAAAGUAGCACAUUGUCAAAACACGAACUCUUAGACUCGCCAAGUCCUAGCUUGGGAGAGUUAUGUCAGUCUCCGGGAGAAAAUGAAACACUGGUGCCUUCCAUCACAGUGGUCGCAGAAGAUAACACGAGCAACCAGCUGACAACUAGGAAUAGUUCUUCCACUGAGAACCUUGGUCUGCUGCAAUCCUCAGACAGAGGUGUAGACUCCGGUUUUGAUUCUACCUCGGAAAGGAUUGACGUUAGCAUUAGUAAAGCUGAUGGAGACACCACUGCAUUUUCUGACGGUGCCACUAUGGACUCAUGGUGCACAGAUGCCAAAAUUCCCAGCAUUGAAGAUGACCUCGGAACUUCUAAGGAUAGCACUCACCCCGCGGAGAGUAUAACGUCUGAAACGUUAUCUCCAGGUAACGGACACAAUGACGACCUAACGAGCAAUGAUCUGCUGAGUGAGCUGAUUGAGGAUGCAGAUAUAGAACUAGAAACCACCCUGUCUGAUCACGAAGAAUCGUUCAUGGAUACUAAUGGACCUCCACUUGUUAGAUCUUCUCUUUUGGUCUCCGGUCCAUCCUUGGACCAGAUCAGCCAGGACAGCUUACUGGAAGACAGCAUGUCCACCACCGUUCCAACAGUAGACAAUUCAGCUGAGACACCAGACUCUUUAGACUCUCUCGACAUACACCGACUCGGAGAACACGGAGAAGACGUGAAUGCUCAAAUAGCCCAACACAAACUCCAGCCUCCAUACAAAAUAUCUGACAGCGGGUAUGAGACCGAGAACCUGGAGUCCCCUGAGUGGAACUCGCAGCCAAAUGUCCAAGACUGCUCCCCUGUUAAAAACGGCACGAAUGUCACCAAAGAUCAAGAAGAGACGGACGAGCUGUCGGCCGCGGCCAAUCUGGUUCCACCGAAAAUCAUCAUCUCUGAAGUAGAAGGUGCACUGGAAAAUCACAACAGGGAACCCAGUGAGGACCAGCAACCAGAGGACGCGGCUCCGGCCGAGGAACCGUUUAUGGGCAGCAAUUACAGAGACUCUGCCUACUUCUCUGACAAUGAAUCAGAAGUUGAUAAGAAGGCUGAGGAAACACCACCUUCUGUUGAAGUGACGUGGCUGAAGGACGCUACUGAAAACGUUAGUGGGGUAACAGGAGGUCCAACGCGGGAAGUUUCCAAGGAGAUGGAUAUUGAGUCUUUAUUUUCUCUGCAAGAAUCUUCAGAAGCACAGGCUGAAGUCAGACCAACACCUGGUGCUCAUGUUGCGGACGCACCUCAAGAGGCUCAUUCAGCCAUCGCAGAGAAAUGUGAGAGCGAGUCCACCGAGAGCCGUAAUGAUGAAGGAGAUAAGUCUGAGCUUUUUAAGAACACGGUGUUUCCUGAUCAGCUGAGCUCAGCAGAAGAUCCAGAGACCUCAGAGCUUCCUACCGCCGCCGCAUCAAAGCCAGAGAACGCAGUCCACGCUAAACUAGUCCGAACGUACGCCAGCGAUGGCCAUAAAAUAAGAGAGCCGGACGUGGAGGGGCGCUUCCUGGGGAGGAGGGACGGCUCGGCACUGGACGGCCAGGAAGACGGCGUGGAUGCGGACGAGGAGGACGAAAACAGCGACGACUCCGAUGACGACAUUCGCGCGUAUCAGCUGCACAGCUCCAGCGAGGACAGCGAGGACGAGGUUGUGCACCCGGUGCCGCUCAUCGUCUCGGAUGACACGAGCGCAAAGAACCUGAAGAGCUUGUUGAAACCCACAAACCUGAACAUGGAGGAAUUGUCUUCACCGUUUUCUGGGAGGGGCAAUCCAGACAACUCCAGAAGAGCUGUGUCUUUCUUCGACGACGUCACGGUCUACCUGUUCGACCAGGAGACUCCCACCAAGGAACUGGGCGACCAUGGCUCAGCUCCAGACAGUCAGGUGCCGGAGUACAGUAGCCGCGUUCCCACUUCCAGCUACCUGAACCGCUUCGCCAACUCUGAGAGCUCAACAGAUGAAGAAGGCGGUGGAUUUGAGUGGGACGACGACUUCUCCUCCCCUGCAGCUUCCUUCCUGUCCAAGAGGGACAAAGAGCUCACACCUAAGCCGGCGUCCUCCUCUCCCGCGUCCAGCUUUUCCUCUCCGACCCCGGCAGUAGCGCGCGCGCUGGAGACCAGCUGGAGCAGCUCCUCCAACUACUCCCGUUUCUCCAUCUCACCGGCCAGUAUCGCUAGCUUCUCGCUUACGCAUCUCACUGACUCUGACAUCGAGCAAGGAGGAAGCAGCGAGGACGGAGAAAAAGACUAGCGUGGCACGCGAAGGCGUCCUUCACCAACCCCACGAUUGAGAAAUGAAGCCGCGCUCACGAUUGUUUGGGAAGGAACGUCGGGUGUGCGGACGGCAAACUGCGGCUGCUUCUCUCAGGCAGGACUGCUCCCCGUGGCGAAUGAGACGGGGACGAAUGAGGCCCCCCGUCCCCGGUCCGAGCCCCCAACGCCUCUCAAACCCACCCACCGACGCGUGGGUCAUUUUUAAGUUCAGUGCAAUUAAAAUUCGGAAACGAACGAGAGCGGCCGCGGCCCCUGGAUGCUUUAAAGACUCGUCGCGCGCAUUCCAGGUGUUCGACCCAUCUCCUUUUUUCCAGGAUGUUUGCCUCGACCCUUCCUCCCCCUAAAAAAACAAAAAACAAAAAAAAAAACGGUUUAUUAAUGAAUUCAACACACUAAGAGGGCAAACGUAUCACUACAGCCAAACAGGAAUAAGCUCUUUGAUUCAUCAAACCUAAAACUGAAAAUCUUUGCAGUUUUUUUUUUUUUUUUUUUUUUGCUCCAUGUUGUGCGAUUAUUUCUGUGGUUGCCUUCUUUGGAAGAUUUUUUUUUUUUUUCUUUCGCGUAACUUCUUGCUGUGUGAUGUGUUUAAUCCUAAUCUCCUAAUCGGAGAGAAACUAUGUGCUGUAGCAGCUUUUGGAUAAAUUGUGACUAUGGCACCAUCCAUACAUAGGAUGUUUGGAAAACUAACGAUCCCUCAUCUACGGAGGUGUCACUCUCCACAUCUUCCUUUAUUUAUGCGUGAAAGGAACAUUCACGACGGCCUCGAGACAUCUUAUUAAAGAUGGCGGGUGUUAAUCUGACAAGGGUUGUUAUAUCAGUCCUCACGUGGGCGACUCGACUGUAAGACAGUUGUGAGGAAAAACCUAGCUAUUGCUUUUUGUAAACAUUUUAUCCUCUGAAAACGUGCGGGAGGCUGCUGGGACGGUUUGACGUCAGCCACUCGUCACCGGGUCUCGUGAGAGCACAGCUGAUUCUCUACAGGGAGCCGCAAACACCUCCAUUCGCUACCACUAAGGAAUUAUUAUUUUUUUUUCUUUCUGUAAAGAUUUUAUUUAAAAAAUAAAUUAAAAAAAACGUCACGACGAUGACGAAGGAUAUGCCAGGAGUCGUGGGUAAAAAGAAACGUGCAAUUAAUUCCAUUAAUCGGUUCGGUUCAUGGGACGGCCCGCGGUCGCCGGCGGCAACGCGGGGGUCGGCCUCGCAAAAACUCACUACAAGAACAAAAAAAAAAAAAAAAAAUGCUGCUUUUUUUUUUUUUAAGUGUCAUGGACAGAGUUGUUUGCCUUUUUUUAUUUUGUGUCAAAUUUAAUCAUCCACUUAGUUCAGAAGGCAUUUUUCCCCCUCCCCCCUCUUAAACGACCCCCGUCUGAUUGAUAUGGAGGUUUCCAUUGACGCACCGUAUCAUUUGUAGGCCGUACGUCGCCCCCGUGGCUGCAGGAGGUCGGUUUGAGACGUCUUUAAUAUGCUUUUCCUCCCGAUGUACAGAAACCACUCACAUUAAACUGUAGCUUAUACAGUUCUUUACUUUUAAAAAAUAUUUUGUCACAGACGAGCAGAAGAACCGCUGCACCUCACCCGUAGUAGACGUCCACCUCACCUGCCCCCCCCUCACAGAACGCACUGCACCUCUGUUAACCUCUGUUAAAAAAAAAAAAACCAGCAGCCUGUGCUUCAGUUAAACUUGAACAUCUAUUUAAGGAAAUCUUGUUUUAUUUGACUACAGUAUACAUUUGCUUAAUCUUGCACAUUUGAGAGACGUAACUUAAUGUUUGAACUGUACUGAUGUAUAUAAAUGUUAAUUUUUUUUUUCUUCGUCUGUAAAUGGGAAACGAUGUAACUGAGUUAUAGGUAUGAGGUUUCAUUUUGUAACUUAAAUCAGAGGAACAUAUCACUGUCGUUGACUAAAAGCGGUUAAAUUAAGACACACGGAGCAGAUGUGAGUUCAUUCUGUCCUUUAAAAACUUGUAGAUUUAAAAAAGCAAAUAUUUUUACUUGAUAUUGAUCAUGCUUAGUGUAAUUGAAUGAAAUGUUUAUAAUUACACUGUUUAAUAUGAAAAUAAAUGCAAAUGAACUUCUA